AUGAACAAUGUGAAUAAUGCGCGAGUCGAAGGGGUAAACUUGAUCGACAGCAUGGGAUUCCACAUGCACAUAACCGAGAGCAGCCGCGUAACGAUCGACGGAAUAAAAAUAAGAGCGCCCGGAAAUAGCCCGAACACGGACGGCAUCCACAUCAGCAAAUCGGACGCCGUGACCGUUUCGAAAAGCGUGAUUCAAACGGGCGACGACUGCAUUUCCAUCGGCCAGGGCUUGACCGACCUCACAGUCAACGGGGUCACCUGUGGGCCCAGGCACGGAAUUAGGAUUUUUUUGUUCUUUUAA